CUGUCCAAUGGGAAGUUGACAGAAAUGACUUGCGUGUGCGUGUGUGCGCGCGUCGCCGACAGAAGGGAAGCGUGUGGCAGAAUGUUGGACAAAGUUCUGAUUUGGUGCUUAUUUCUGCUCGCUUUCUGCUCCGAACCCUGCGAUGCUCAGAAGAAGAAAGAGACUCUGCUGUCAGAGAAGGUGACUCAGAUGAUGGACUGGACCUCCAAGCGUUCAGUCAUCAAGAUGAAUGGAGAUAAGUUCCGUAGGUUUGUGAAAGCUCCUCCCAGGAACUACUCCGUGUUCAUCAUGUUCACGGCGCUGCAGCCACAGAGACAGUGUGGCGUUUGCAGACAAGCAGACGAGGAGUUCCAGGUGCUGGCCAACUCCUGGCGUUAUUCCUCAGCCUUUACCAACAAAAUCUUCUUUGCUUCAGUGGAUUUUGAUGAAGGAUCAGAUGUUUUUCAGAUGCUUAAUAUGAACUCCGCUCCAACCUUCCUCCACUUUCCACACAAAGGGAAGCCCCGCAGAGCUGACACUUACGAGCUGCAGGUUAGAGGAUUUUCAGCUGAACAGCUGGCUAGAUGGGUGGCUGACAGGACAGAUGUGCAGAUCCGGGUCAUUCGCCCCCCCAACUAUGCAGGGCCCCUCCUGCUGGGUUUCCUCCUGGCUGUUAUUGGAGGUCUGGCUUAUCUACGAAGAAACAAUCUGGAGUUUCUUUUUAAUAAGAACGUGUGGGCCUUCUCUGCACUGUGUUUCACCCUGAUCAUGACGUCAGGCCAGAUGUGGAACCACAUCCGAGGCCCACCAUAUGCACACAAGAACCCGAGCAGCGGACAAGUGAGCUACAUCCACGGCAGCAGCCAGGCCCAGUUCGUGGCAGAGACGCACAUCGUCCUCCUCUUCAAUGGUGCUAUUACCUUGGGGAUAAUCCUUCUGUGUGAGGCUGCUACUUCUGACGUUGACAUCGGAAAGAGGAAGAUUAUGUGUAUAGCAGGAAUUUGUCUGGUGAUGCUGUUCUUCAGCUGGCUCUUGUCCAUUUUCAGAGCCAAGUACCACGGAUACCCGUACAGCUUCCUGAUCAGUUAGAAGUUCGUGACCACCUACGUUCAAAACCAGCUAAAACUUCAGGACCAUUUCUCCAAAAAGUGCCAUCAACACCAAGAACAGAGCUAUGCAUGGUGACGACGUCUCAGAGCUGUUUACUUGGCAUCGACCGGUCUUAUCUGUCGUGUGUCUGUGUGUCUGUGUGUGUGUGUGUGUGUGUGUGCGUGUGUGUGUGCGCGUGUGUGUGUGUGUGUGAGAUUUUCACCAUCGUGCCGUAAUGUCUUGAUUAGUAUUUUGUCCAGCUGGAUUCUGACAUGUUUUGAUUAGUUUGUGUUUCAUCCUAAGACAAAACUUGUGUCUACAUUUUAAACUGAUGGAAACAGCUGA